UAUUUUUUUCAUUUGGGGGUUUGCCUUUUUCUCCCACAUCUUCUCCUUCAAACUCUCUUUAAUUCACUGUCCUUCACCACUGUAUUUAAAGCCCCCAGCUUUUGCUUAAAAAAACUCAAAGCUUGCCUUUGGAAAUGGAAGUGAAAUUUUCUCCAGAAAGAUUCAACAUAAGCUCAAACAUGGCAAAGGUUGAUAGGGUUGAGCAGCUUAAUAAAGAUGAUGCUAUUGUAAAUGAAACCCCACAACCCCACACAGAUGAUCAUAAUUCAGAUGAAGAAGAUACAUCUCUGAGCUUGAGCAGCUUGUCCAAGCUUAUACUUCCCCCUUUGGGUGCUUCAACCUAUAACCACAGCCACAUCAAGUCCAAAGGAUGGAUCAUCUCUCCCAUGGAUUCAAGAUACAGGUGGUGGGAAACAUUUAUGGUGAUGUUAGUAUUUUAUUCAGCAUGGGUUUACCCAUUGGAAGUAGCGUUUUUCACGUCGUCGUCUCCGCCCACAAACCUCUACAUCGCCGACAACGUUGUCGAUUUUUUCUUCGGCGUCGAUAUUGUCUUGACGUUUUUCCUGGCCUAUAUUGAUUCAACCACUCAUCUGCUUGUCCGAGACCCCAAAAAGAUUGCCCUAAGGUACCUUUCAACAUGGUUCUUAAUGGAUGUGGCAUCCACUAUCCCAUUUGAUGCACUUGCCUAUUUGUUCACUGGCAAAAGCAAAAUGGGACUCUCUUAUUCCCUUUUGGGAUUGCUCAGAUUUUGGCGUCUCAGGCGGGUCAAGCAGCUUUUCACCAGGCUGGAGAAGGACAUUAGAUUCAGCUAUUUUUGGAUCCGGUGUGCCAGGCUUAUAGCUGUGACACUGUUUCUGGUGCAUAGUGCAGCAUGCCUUUACUACAUGCUGGCUGACAGAUAUCCGCAGCAGGGAAACACAUGGCUUGGGUCCGUGAAUCCAAAUUUCAGGGAAACAAGCCUUUGGAUCCGAUAUAUCUCGGCUUUGUAUUGGUCCAUCACCACCAUGACCACCGUCGGCUACGGCGAUCUCCAUGCAGUCAACACCGCUGAAAUGAUCUUUAUCAUCUUCUACAUGCUCUUCAACCUCGGCUUGACUGCUUAUAUAAUUGGUAACAUGACUAAUUUAGUGGUUGAAGGAACUCGACGCACCAUGGAAUUUAGGAAAAGUAUUGAAUCAGCUUCAAAUUUUGUGUCUAGAAACCGGUUGCCCCCAAGGUUAAAAGACCAGAUAUUGGCUUACAUGUGUUUGAGGUUUAAAGCUGAGAGCUUGAAUCAGCAACAACUCAUUGAACAAUUCCCUAAAUCCAUUUACACAAGCAUUUGCCAGCACUUGUUUUUACCUAUAGUAGAAAAAGUAUACCUUUUCAAUGGCGUCUCAAGGGAAACCCUGCUGCACCUGGUGGCGAAGAUGAAAGCCGAAUACGUACCGCCAAGAGAGGACGUUACGAUGCAAAACGAAGCGCCAGAAGACGUUUACAUCGUUGUGUCGGGGGAAGUAGAAAUCAUCGAGUGUGAGAUGGAGAAAGAGGAAGCUGUUGUUGGAACCCUGCAGUGUGGGGACAUGUUCGGAGAAAUCGGUGCGCUUUGUUGCCGGCCUCAAAGGUUUACGUUCCGGACCAAGUCGCUUUCGCAACUCUUGAGGCUCAAAACCGCCGAUCUGAUCGAAGCAAUGCAGGCCAAACACGAAGAUAAUGUUGCUGUCCUUAAAAACUUCCUUAAGCAUAACAAAAGGCUUAAGGAUCUUAAAGUUGGAGGUAUAGUAAUGGAGGGCGGAGAAGAAGACGGUGAUCCGAAAAACAUGUCCGUUAAUUUGCUUGAUGUGGCUGACACCGGCAAUGCUGCUUUCCUCAACGAGCUUCUCAGGGCAAGAUUGGAUCCCGACAUAGGAGAUUCUAAAGGCAGAACCCCGUUGCACAUAGCAGCAUCAAAAGGGCAUGAAGAUUGUGUAUUGGUGCUCCUUAAGCAUGCUUGCAAUGUGCAUUUACGAGAUACAAACGGCAACACUGCACUGUGGGAUGCUAUAUCCUCGAGGCACCAUUCAAUAUUCAGGAUACUAUACCAUUUCGCCUCCAUUUCCGACCCGUUCACCGCCGGCGAUCUCCUAUGCACUGCCGCCAGAAGGAACGACCUGACGGUGAUGCAAGAACUAUUGAAACAAGGACUGAACGUCGACGCGAAGGAUCGCCAUGGAUCGACGGCGUUACAAGUCGCCAUGAAAGAGAAACACCAAGAAAUGGUUAACCUGCUCGUAAUGAAUGGAGCGGACGUCAUCGAUCCAAACACGUAUGAAUUUUCUCCCACGACUUUGAAUGAAAUGGUGAAGAAGCGAGAGAUCGGCCACCGAAUCACGGUGAUGACCGACAACGAACCGCCGUUGAAGGAGGUUGAAGGUGACCGCCAUGUGGGCAUAGUAGGCAAAAGUUGCAGAGGGAUAGACCAUCCAAGGGUGAGCAUCUAUAGAGGGCAUCCAUUAAUGAGGAAAGAAUCUAGUUGCAUGGAGCCUGGGAAGCUAAUAAGGUUGCCUGGUUCUUUUGAUCAGCUCAUCAACUUUGCAGGAGAAAAAUUCGGGAUCGAUGCGAGAAAUGCCAUUGUAACAGAUGAAGCAGGGGCCGAAAUUGAUUCCAUUGAAGUGAUAAGAGAUAAUGAUAAACUUUUUAUUUUUGAAAAUUUUAAAUAAAAAGUUUAACGCAGUUGAUUCAUGUAAUUACUUUUAAAAGGUAGCAUUAUGUAGUAAAUUCGAGAAGGACAAGACAAACUUGUUUAGAUAAAAAAAUUUACUAGCUUUAUCAACAA